GUAUCAUGCUCGUUUCAUUCGCCUUUGGCCAGUUAAACGUAAACAUACCCACCGCACCGGCUCGAUCCAAUCUCAAAUUCUUACAAAAUGAGUAACUUUUUCGAUACCAUCGAUCCGACCAUCUUCCGGUCGUACGUCUUCUGGUGUUCGGUGCUGGGCCUGAAGAUGUUGGUCAUGUCCAUCCUGACGGGCAGGCAGCGACACGCCAAAAAGGCCUUCGCGAACCCGGAGGACGCACCCAAGGGCGUCAAGGUGGUUACCAACGAUCCAGACGUGGAGCGUGUCCGUCGUGCCCAUCUGAACGAUCUGGAGAACAUCCUGCCAUUCUUCGUCAUCGCUUUCCUGUACAUGUUCACCAACCCAAGUGUGUUCGUGGCCACCAAUCUGUUCCGGGCGGUUGCCGUAGCGCGCAUUGUACACACCCUAGUCUACGCGGUGUUCGUAAUUCCUCAACCAGCUCGUGGAUUGUCCUGGGCGGUGGGCUACUUCAGCACAGGAUACAUGGCCGUCAAAACGAUCCUGGCGUUCCUGUAGACUGGUGGAGAGUGAGCUAGCUUAUAGAAAAUAAAAAUUAAACGAUUCCAAGCGAAACAGGGGACCUGAGAAAAA